AUGUCCGCUUCGCCAUCACCUUUGGCCGUCGCUAUUCAGAUGGACCCCAUCGAGGGUGUCGACAUCAACGGCGACAGUACCUUCGCGCUGGCGUUGGAGGCGCAGGCACGCGGUCACGCGCUCUGGCACUAUCUGCCGCAGGAUCUGAGUUUUCACCAUGGCCGGCUGACGGCACGCGCCCGGCAGCUCGAGGUCCGGCGAGAGCCUGGUGCCCACUUUACGCUCAGCGCGUUCCAGACACUCGACCUGGGCGGCGUCGAUGUGGUGCUGAUGCGUCAGGAUCCGCCCUUCGACAUGGCCUACAUCACGGCCACCCAUCUGCUGGAGCACGUUCACCCGACGACGCUGGUGGUCAACGAUCCCGUCAGCGUGCGCAACGCUCCGGAGAAGCUUUUCGUUACUCACUUCGCCGAGCUGAUGCCGCCGACUCUCAUCACCAGCGACCGUGCCGAGGUCGUCGCCUUUCGCGCAGAACAUGGCGAUAUCAUCGUCAAGCCGCUGUUCGGCAACGGCGGUGCCGGCGUCUUCCACCUGACGCCGGAAGACGAGAAUCUCAACGCCCUGCUUGAGCUUUUUACCGAGCUCUAUCGCGAGCCGAUCAUCGUCCAACGCUAUCUGCCCGAGGUGCGCCGGGGCGACAAGCGUAUCAUCCUGGUCGACGGCGAGCCGGCGGGAGCGAUCAACCGUGUGCCCGCCAAGGGCGAGGCCCGUUCCAACAUGCACGCCGGCGGCCGCGCGGAGAAGGCGGAGCUGACGCAGCGCGAUCUCGACAUCUGCCAUGCCCUCGGCCCGAUCCUGCGGGAGCAGGGCUUGAUCUUCGUCGGGAUCGACGUGAUCGGCGACUAUCUGACCGAGGUCAACGUCACCAGCCCGACCGGCAUCCAGGAGAUCGAUCGCUUCGACGGCGCCAAUCUUUCCGGCCUGAUCUGGGAUGCUAUCGAAAAGCGGAUCGACCGGGCGGUUGAAUAG